GCCGGCAAAGCUUUGAACCAAUGAAGCAGGAGGAAGGGUGUGCGGCAAAGGUUAAUUUGUGUAUGUGAGUGUGUGCUGCCUGGUACUGUCACACACAGGAGAGGUGUCUGACUCACAGGUAGGUGGAGCCAGGCUCUUUAUGCAGAACCAACUGUGCAGCACUGUAACUCACACAUACACAGGAGGGCAGGGCUCAUGGCUGCUCCCCGUAUCUGUGCUCCAGGAGUGUGAGAUUCAGGACUGGGAUAAGGAUUACUCAGCUCAAGGCAAUACAAGUCCCCUCCGACAGAUGCAACUAAGCACUGGCGCCUGCAUAAAGAGGCAUUGUAUAGCAUCCAAUCACAGGCAGGACCCAACCUGUAGCUCAGCAUAUUAUCCCAAGUGGGGGAACCACUGCUCUAGGGAUGAGAAGCACCACCCACGUUCACCAACUGCAAGCCCGUUGUUCUUACAGUCUGCACAGCGUUGUCUAUAAGAAAAUACCCCGGGGUUUCCACUUAGAGGGACACAGCUGAGCUGCUGAGGUUUUGGGGAGCAGGAUGACAUCGCUGACGGUGGUAGAACAUACAUUUCCCAGGAAAGACAAUGAGAGCAAAAGGGGAGAUGAUAUUUUUUAUUUGUACGGCUCUACGUUUGGCCACAUCAGUGAAGAGACAGAGUAUGUUAGAAAGAUACGUGGAACUUUGGAAAAGAUUCAUGGGCAGUUAUUUAAGAAUGAAAAAAACACUGAUUAUGUCAGUUCCAAUGAAGAUCAGAAUGAAGCAAAUCUGCAGCAGAAUGGCACCGGGAGUUACGGAAACUCAUCUGAGAGAAAAUACAUCCAGAUCAUUGACAAUCUGGAAGAAAAAGAACUACAGUUGGUUGAGGCUCAUAAAGAAAACGGAGAUCUUCAGAUAAAGCUAGAAGCCACCCGGGAGGCAGGAGCCGGCGCCCUAAGGAACGCAACACGGAAACUGUAUGAAAACUACAGCAAGAAAUCUGAGGAACGCCGGAAAAGUCACGAGGAAGAGAAGCAGAAGCUCCAGGCCUCAGCUGCCGACCAUGAAAAGGAAUUUAAGCAAAGCAUCGGGAAAUUGCACACGAUUGCGGAGAAAAUCCAGGACAAGCACGAGCGAAUCACUGAGCUGAAAAAUCUCAUGGAAAGGAUGGAAGAGGAAAAGUCCAUAUUACUGGAGAAGAAACGGUUACUAGAAAAGGAGAUUUCUCGAAGAAUGUCAUUGCCGACAAAUAUAAAUGGCUGUGGAGACACACGGGCAGAGAUAUCUACUGUAGAAGAGCAGAUCAGUCACUUGCAGCAGCUCAUGAUGUCCCAACAUCAGUUCCUUCAUUCUUUGAUACAGGAGAGUGAAGAAUUGAAAAACCGACUUAAGGAGCAAGACAUCACAAUCGGGGAUCUGAAGGAGAGAAUCAGUUUGCUGGAACAUCAGAACAAAGAACUGAAGAGCAACGUAGAUCACUGGUCUCAGGAUAAGACAAAGGUGUCCAAAGGAACAUUUAUAAAGGAGUCCAUGUUCACCACUAUGUCCCCCUACUCCAGGCUUUUAAAUUUACGAACCAGAUACGUCACUGAGAAGAGCUGAUCAAUGCUUACUAGAACCUUCCAUCAGAAACAAAAGUACCUUUGGGAGUUAUCAGAAGAAGAAGAAGUGAGAUCAGACAUCACACCUUACCCAAGUGUUGGAUUUGAUUUGUUGGUGCCCAUUUCUAUUUCAUUUCCCUGCCCUGAUCUGAAUUUUUAGAAACUUAGUUGGAUCUUUCCUUUUCUGAGAUGAGCGCAAAUGACUGGAAAAUAAAUGAUCUUUUAGAUUUGCCAGAACAGCGAGACGUUCGAGACUGAGCUGAGGAACAUCAGUGUGGAGGCCAAGAAGCUUCUUCAAAGCUGUAACUGACCAUUGCUCUGCACCAGACAAACAUUGCACUUAUUAUUGAGGGAAAUGUGGGUAAAGUUUCAAUAACCCAUAGCAGCCUGCUUGGAUUAUUCUACCUACACAAGACCAGUAAAAGUUGAUUGCAUAUUGUUUACAAACAUGGACAAACCAUGGACAUCCAAGAUAUGAAAAGUUUAAGAAACAUUAUUCAGAGGUGAAAUAAUACUUUAAUUAUUAGACUAAAUGUCCCAUUAUUUGCAGACAGUCCUUGUCUUAAGCAUUGAAUAGAAUAGAAUAACAUUUUUGACCAAAAUGGGGCUUACUUUGGCUGGCUCAUGAAUGUUGCUGGGUGUUAUGGGAAAUGCCUUGGGUGAAACAGAUACAUUGCUAAAGAAAUGUCCCAGUUUGUGGAUGUUGCAGUAAAAGGAACUUCAGAACAAAUAUUGGAAUGAAGAGAUAUAUCCGCAUUCUCACUGGCAAGUUUAUUUAAACCACCUUAGACUAAUGCCACAUGGCUGUCUCUGGCCAUGUUUUUACUUACCGUAUAUACUAGAGUCUAAGCCGUCCCGAGUAUAAGUCGAGAUUCCUAAUUUUACCUCCAAAAACUGGGAAAGCUUAUUGACUCGAGUAUAAGCCUAGGGUGAGAAAUGCAUGGUAAGUUUCAAUCAGAAAAUUGCCCAAAAAAACUGGCAUUAGAGAGCCCAAAACUGCUUUUACUGCUUUAUUUUAAGGCAUAAAGUGGCUUCAAUGGCCCUGUGUGUGAUGUGGUUAUGUGACAUGAGAACUGACCACCAUUUUGGAAUCAGGAAGGAUUUUAUUUUUUACCUCUGCUGUUAACUUGAUGUUGGAAAGGAAGAAUCUGAUUGGUCUGUAACUGGGCUGGAGGUACCUUGCCUGUGGUAUCUACAAGGGGUUGUAUUUGUGCUUUCCAUUGUGCACUCCAAUGUCUUAAUUGGUCUCGUUUUGCCGCAAGAGUUUGUAUCCAUAGAAUGUAAUCAAAAUCGAAUCCUCGAGGUUUCCGCCCAUGAGAGCAAUGACAGAUGGUGCUAUCUGUCGCCCGUGUAAAUACCCUACCAGUAAAUACCCUACCAGUAAAUGCCCUACCAUAGACAAUACGAAGAAUUGUCUCAAAUUUUUGAUUGAUUACAUGAUUUUAGUGUUUUAGCAGAGACAAUUUUCUAGGGUAUUUUUUUGGAAUUUUUUAGACGCACUAAAACUCGGGCUACAAGUAACACUGUGGGGGUUCUAUACUAAAACUUGUAUUAAUCUCAUUUAAACAAAGUCAAGCAAACUCCAUUCCAAGCAUUGAACUCAUUUAUCAAUCAUUUUUACUCGAAAAAGUCCAGGCGACAAAACCAAUUUGUAGCGUACGAUGAAUGAUCCGAAAGCUCGGUUUUAUUGAAAUUUUAGCUGCGAAAACUCAACUUAUUAACGGAUGAAAACUCCGACUUUACCGGAUUAUCCAGCGCAGAUCACGAUGUCAAGAAAGAACUUCAGGAACAUCUGCUAUUGACUUCAACAGGUUUUGAGAUGCAGUAUUUUCGGAUUUUUUCUUUGGGGAAUAAUAAUAUCUCUAAAAAUUAAAAAAAAUGUCAUGGAAACUUCGAGUUUUCCCAUUAAAAUCCUCGACCAGAUCAUUUCAAGGUUUAAUAAAUGGGCCCCUCUCUGUCAUUGCCCUUAUGGGUAUAAGAACAUUACAUCAAUUAGUUGAGCAGCGCACUCCGGAACUACUUCAGAUCACCGGUAAAAGCAGAUAAUCUUUAUUUCGAUAUAUCAUUUACAAACAUAGCGUCUGAGGUCUGACGCGUUUCGUGGCUACGCACUUCCUCUAUAUAUAAGAACAUUACACUGUAACCAGAAAAGAUGGGAACGUUUGACUGAUAAGUGUGAAUGCCAUGAACUGUUUGUAAUUUAAAAUGUAAAUGGCAUAAAAGACACAUUGCAGAAAUGUGUUAAUAAUUGAGCUGUUAAUAUGCACCUAACUUAUUACAUUAUGGAAAUAAAUAUUAACAAUGGG